AUGCUGGUUGACGAUAUUGGAGAUGUGACUGUGACCAAUGACGGAGCGACUAUUCUCAGUUUAUUAGAUGUUGAGCAUCCAGCAGGAAAGAUCUUGGUGGAAUUGGCACAACAACAAGAUAGAGAGGUUGGAGAUGGUACGACCAGUGUUGUGAUCAUUGCGUCGGAAUUAUUACGUAGAGCCAACGAGCUGGUCAAGAACAAGAUCCACCCCACUACUAUUAUCACUGGUUACAGAUUGGCAUUGAAAGAGGCUGUUAAGUAUAUCAACGAAGUGAUGAGCUCGUCAGUGGAGUCGCUAGGUAAAGAGACUCUUAUCAACAUUGCCAAGACCAGUAUGUCGAGUAAGAUCAUUGGUGCCGACAACGAGUUUUUCUCGAAGCUGGUAGUUGACGCCAUUCUUGCCGUCAAGACCACCAACACCAGAGGUGACACUAAAUACCCCGUCAAGGCUGUCAACAUCCUCAAGUCACACGGUAAAUCAGCCACAGAAUCGCUUCUUAUUAAAGGAUACGCUCUCAACUGUACAGUUGCCAGCCAGGCCAUGAAAACAUAUAUCCCCAAUGCCAAGAUCGCGGUGCUGGAUAUGAACCUACAGAAGGCCAAAAUGGCCUUGGGAGUGAAUGUUACUAUUGACGACCCAGAACAGUUAGAGGCGAUUAGAAAGCGUGAAUACGGCAUUAUUGUAGAACAAAUCAACAAAAUCAUUGCUGCUGGUGCUAAUGUGGUUCUCACCACCAAGGGCAUUGACGAUAUGUGUCUUAAGUUAUUUGUUGAAGCCGGUGUUAUGGCAGUUAGACGAUGCAAGAAGGAGGAUUUGCGAAGAAUUGCCCGUGCUACCGGAGCCACUCUUGUAUCGACUCUUUCUAAUUUGGAUGGCGAAGAGGUUUUCGAGAGUUCUUACUUGGGUAGUGCAGAAGAGGUUGUUCAACAACGUAUUUCUGAUGAUGAAUGUAUUCUUAUCAAGGGUACCAAGGUACACUCGUCGAGUUCAAUCAUUCUCCGUGGAUCCAACGAGUACCAAUUAGACGAGAUGGAGCGUUCUGUACACGAUUCACUUUCAGUUGUCAAGCGUACACUCGAGUCUGGAUAUGUUGUUCCUGGAGGAGGUGCUGUAGAGACAGCUCUUAAUAUCUACCUUGAGAGCUUUGCGACAUCUCUUGGAUCUAGAGAGCAACUUGCCAUUGCCGAGUUUGCCAAUUCGUUACUGAUCAUUCCCAAGACCUUGGCAGUCAAUGCUGCCAAAGAUUCUUCGGACCUGGUAGCCAAGCUACGUUCAUACCACGCCGCUGCUCAAAGUGCACUACCUACUGAUGUCAAACGCCGAAAAUACAAAAACAACGGACUCGACCUGCUCAAUGGUAAGAUUAUCGAUGAGAUCCAAGCUGGUAUCCUCGAGCCCACCAUGAGCAAAAUCAAGUCGCUCAAGUCGGCAGUCGAGGCCUGUAUUGCCAUUCUCAGAAUCGACACCAUGAUCAAGGUAGACCCUGAACAAAAGGAACAAGACCACCACGAUCACUAG